AUGGGUGAUGCACUUUGUGGCCCAUCGAAUGCGCUGCAGAACUUCCAGAAGCAUGCUGCCGUUGAUCGGACCCUGCAGCAGGACCGGUUAGUUUCCAGACAAUCGUCGGCGCAGGGAUUCCGAUCACAAAGCCCUCGAGAUGGCAUGCUGGACCCGGAAUUUGCUGCGUUCGAAGCCAACCUCGCAGGCCCAGCGGGAUUGCCAGAUCUACAACACCCAGCUCAUUUUGGAGCUCCAGUGCAGCGUCCGGCUGCUGCCCACCCAGGCCCUAGCUGGGCGUCAGACUUCCAGAAUCUACAUAUCUCCAGCCCGUCGCCACCUCAACUACAAGCACCAUCUAUUGCGCCAGCCCAAGCAGGAUGGCAUAAUGAAUUUAUAAGCCAACAGCAGCGAGGCCCCGCGCACCAUGUACAGCCCCAGCAAACGGCAAUUCGCGCACAUCAACCUGCCUUUGCACCUAGCUACCCGAUGUAUAAUGCCCCGAUGAAUGCCCACCAAGUCCCACAGCAAGCACCCGUGGCGAAUGUCGCACCAACAGAACAAUUUGACGAGUCUGCUUUCCAGGCAGCGUUCGAGCAGGCUCGAGCCGAUAUGGAGGAGCUACAAGGAGCCGAGGUCAUCCCCGAGACCGAAAUGCUCGCACAUGAGGAAACCGCCCGACUGGACCCUAUCGAGCAAGUGCAUGAAGACAUUAGAAUCGGAUCCGACACAAUCACUCAAACGGAGCAGGAAGAUCCGCUUACGCGAACUCGCGACGCGGACGCUCUUGCUCAGACCGCCGGACAACUUCUCGAUAGCGUCCGCCAUGACCAAAGCCAGAAGUUCCAACAAAGCAGUUUCCUUGCCCUGAUGCGUCGCAUUCGUGAUCGUGAAGUGGAGGUGGAAGGAGAUGAGUUCCGCGAAACGGCGCAGUCCCUCCAUCCCGGCGGACGAUAUUACCCGGGUCUGUCCCCGGAUCCCGCCAUCUCGUCCGACAGCACUAGUAAGGAGCCUACCUUUUCCACCCAUGCUAGCAGGGCCUAG